AUCCUCCUCCUCCUCCGUCCUCCACACCGAUCUGUCCCCUCCGAGGACCGCCAUGGCCCCGUCCGCCGUCUCCUGGGGUCUUCUCUCCGCUCUGCUGGUCCUGAGUGUCCGGGGAGAAGACUUCCCGGAGGAAAUGUCCAACAUCCAGAGCAAGGCGGUGCAGCUGGUGAUGGAGAGUCUCCAUAAGAAGAGUAAUAUCAGGAACGGCUUCAGGGUGACCUCCGUACUGCAGGAGAGCGAGCAGGAAUUGGAUGAUGGGCUGUUUGUGAAUUUGGAGAUCGGCCUGAAACAAACGAAAUGCCCUAAGGAGCAAUGGACGGACCCGGAGUGCAAACCCACCAGAGACGGGAAGUCGUACAAUUGUGUCGGAUGCUUCAGGUUUGAUUUUGGGGAGCAGAAAGUCCGCUCCAGGUACAUCCAGUGCGUCCCCCCGAGCCGCGCCGCCCAGGAAAAGAUCAUCAAUACGAGGAGAGAAAACUGCAACAAUGUAAAGAAGCCGAAACAGAAACCCCCCGUCUACAGCGUGGGCAGCGUCACCUUCCUGAGAUAUCGGUCCCCUCUUGAAAAUGAGAAGCCGUGAUUGGAUUAUGAGAGAAUAUGAAUAAAGGACCAUUUCAUACAUACGGACCCCCAUUGUAAAUGACCAGAGAAGUGGCCACUGUCUAUGGAGUUGCUAUGGGGUAGAAGACAUCAUGUGUUUUAUAUGAGGGCCCUUAAAAAGGAAACUCCACUAUGAACUAUUUUAUAUGAACAGACCGACAUCACAAAACAUCACAAAACAUCACAAAACAUCACAAAACCCCGGGGGGAAAUUCAAAAAGAGAAGAAAACUUCAACACGAGUCCUCUAUGAUAAGUCUCAGCCUCCUGAGAACAUGACGCCUCCAUGAGAUUGUGGCCUUCACCUGGGACUUUAUUUCACUUUAAGACUGUGACAUCACCCUAAGAUCAUGACAUCACCCCAAGAUCAUGACAUCACCCCGAGAUCAUGACAUCAUCCUCAGAUCAUGACAUUCCAAUAGGACAUGGUCUUACCUUGAGAUUGUGAUAUCACCUUGAGAACAUUACAUUCCUCUGAAAUCUGACAUCAGCCUGAGAAUGUGACCUUACCCUGAGGAGAUGACAUCACCCUGAGAACAUGACAUCAGCCUGAGAACAUGACAUCACCCUGAGAAC